GGAUUUACGUUUUUUUGGGGAGUUACAAAUUCUAUCAGUGCCAGAGUCUGCUUUAGAAGAACCUCUGUUGCUUUCUUUGGUUGGUAAGGAUGAAGGAAGCUCUGAGAUACUUAGCAGGUGUUGCAGGUCCAAGUGGCUUUGGAUCAAACUCAACUGCUGAACAAGUUACUGAAGAUUCUCCUUGUUUAAUCCCUCCUCAGUUAACAGCAAUAAUCACUGGGGGGACAUCUGGGAUUGGAGCUGAAACAGCAAGGGUGUUAGCAAAGAGAGGGGUAAGGCUUAUAAUUCCAGCAAGAGAUGUAAAGAAAGCAGCUGAAAUGAAGGAGAGAGUGCAAAAGGAGAGCCCACAAGCUGAGAUAAUCUUGUUGGAGAUGGAUCUCAGCUCAUUAGCUUCUAUCAAGAGAUUCUGCUCUGAGUUCUUCUCCCUUGGAUUACCACUUAAUAUACUCAUAAACAAUGCAGGGAAGUUUUCUCAGAAAUUGGAGUUUUCUGAAGACAAAGUAGAGAUGACUUUUGCUACAAAUUACUUAGGGCAUUACUUUUUAACAGAGAUGUUAUUAGAGAAAAUGAUUGAAACAGCAAAUCAAACCGGAAUUGAAGGGAGGAUUAUCAACGUCUCAUCCGUAAUUCACAAUUGGGUCAAAAGAGACGGUUUCCGUUUCGGUCUUAUGUUCAAUCCCCUCAGCAGCUAUAACGGGACUCGUGCAUACGCUCAGACCAAGCUGGCUAAUAUCUUGCACGUCAAGGAAAUCUCAAGGCAGCUCAAGGCAAGGAAUGCAAGAGUGACAAUCAACGCUGUCCACCCUGGGAUUGUGAAGACUGGAAUUAUCAGGGAGCAUAAGAGCUUCAUCACAGAUUCAUUUUUUUUCCUUGUGUCAAAGUUGCUAAAGACAACAUCUCAGGGUGCAUCAACCACAUGCUAUGUAGCUUUAAACCAACAAAUUAAUGGGGUAAGUGGGAAAUACUUUGCCGACUGUAAUGAGAUGAACUGUUCAAGUCUGACAAACGACGAAUCUUUGGGACGAAAGCUUUGGAAGCAAACCAAUGCACUGAUCCGUAGACGAUUAUGGCAACCCACAAGCGAAAAUGUUAAUCUGCAGAUGUGUAUUCCGGUCAUGUACAGACCUCUUCAAUGAGAGCCAGUAAAUAUAAGGGAAAGUGAUCAUCAUAGAUGUGAAUAUCAACCUAGGUAGUAUAUAUAAUCUUCAAUAGCAGGAAUUUUUAUCACAGUAUCACUUGUAAUAUAAUUUAUCCUAGCUAGCAACAUUGCUUGAAUAUAUUUGUAUCAGAACAGGCAAUAUUAAGUCCUUGUUCUAACAAUGUAAAAUACAAAAAUGGUAAUGGAAAAUGCUGGGCAGUGAACACCCAUUAACUGGA